AUGGAACGUAGAGAGUCGUCUAACACGAACGAGGUGAAAUACAGAGGGGUAAGGAAGCGCCCGUGGGGGAAAUAUGCGGCUGAGAUACGCGACUCGGCUAGACAUGGUGCUCGUGUCUGGCUCGGAACGUUUAACAUAGCUGAGGAUGCGGCUCGGGCCUACGAUAGAGCCGCUUUUGCCAUGAGAGGCCAAAGGGCCGUUCUCAAUUACCCUCAUGAAUACCCAAUGAUUGGGAACAGUCCAAGUGGAGGCCAUGGGAAUGUGGUGGCUUCUUCGUCGUCGGAAUAUAAAGGAGGAGGCGGUGGACCUGGUAACGGGAAGGAGGUGAUUGAGUUUGAGUAUUUAGACGAUAGUAUAUUGGAGGAGCUUUUAGAUUAUGGAGAGAACUAUAACAAAGGCACCUAG